AGAAGCUCGAAAAGAAAGUUCUCUCACAGACUUGUAUCAAAGUCGAAAGUACGCAUCUGAAGCUAACAGAGACAAUGGAAGAGAGAAUGUCAGGCUUUUGUACCACAAAAGCAGGGCGUGGUGGGAGCAGUGGCAAUAACUAUGCCUCAGGAACUAAAUGCGGGCGUUGGAAUCCUACUAUCGAACAAGGUAAACUUCUAACUGACUUGUUCAGGUCUGGUGUUCGAACCCCAAGUACUGAUGAGAUCCAAAACAUCUCCACUCGGCUUAGUUUUUAUGGCAAGAUCGAGAGCAAGAACGUUUUCUACUGGUUUCAAAAUCAUAAAGCUAGGGAAAGACAGAAGAGGCGCAGAGUUUCUGUCGAUGAGAAGGAUGUCAUGAUUCGUCGAGAUGACAAAUUUUCUUCUGCGCGAUAUUUUACUGAAAUAGGUCAGGUGAACGAACGAGAACAAGUGAUUGAGACUCUUCAACUUUUCCCUUUAAAAUCCUUUGAUGAAGUAGAGUCAGAGAAGUUCAGGUUGCAGGCAAAUGAAUGCAAUGAAGCUGCAGCUGCGUUUUCUUAUAAAUUUGGUACAGAAAUGGAUCGUCCACAACUAGAUCUGCGAUUAAGCUUUCUGUAAAACAAGCUUCGAAUCCAUGAAAAGCUUGAGGAAUUUAGUCUUUGUACUAAUGAUUCGAAGUAUAUUAGGUUCAGCAUGGUUGGUAAAAAAAUGGGGCAGCAAGUACUUGAAGUUGAUGCUGUCUUUUUGAUAGUUGCUCUUUAAAUAUUAUAAAUGCUUCAACAUUCUCAUCUGAA